GGCACUUUCGGCGCUGCUCCUGGGGCCGCAGGACGCGCAGCGGCGGCGGCGGCGGGAAUGGCGCGGCCGGCCAGGAGCAGUUCACAGAUGACACAAAGAUGGGAGGAGCGGCCGAUACCACAGAGUGCUGUGCAGCUCUUCAAAGGGACCUGGACCUGGACAGGUUGCAGAGAUGGGCAGAGAAGAAGUGUCUAAAAUUCAACAAAGGAACAAGAAAGUUGUUGAUUAUUCUCAGUUUGGGGAUUUGGAAGAUGAUGAUGAAGACUUUGCACCUUCAAGCAAAAAAUCUAGAACACAGCUCAAGGAGUCAAAGAAGGAGAAAAAAGAGAAGCCAAAAAAGCCCAGAGAAGUGACUCCAUCACAGACACUUAAUAAGAGGUUAUCCUUGGAUGACAAACUUUAUAAAAGAGAUUUGGAAGUUGCCUUAGCCUUGUCUGUGAAAGAAAAAUCUACAAAUCCCCAAGAGGUGAAAAAUUCAGAAGAACAAGGUAAGACUAUUGAAUCAGAAAAUACACAGAGGAGAUCCCCUUUUUCCAACUGCAGUGUAGACAGUGAACUUUUAGGUCUCAAUCAGGUUAUGGAUGAUGACACACCUGAUGGUGAUGGGAGGCAAAGGACAGCAGCAGACAAAGUUCCAGUACAUCACAUGUCAUUGGUAGUUGACAGUGAUGACAGACCCCAUGAUCUGGACUCUGAGCCAGAGUCUGUACCCACAUCACCUAUAGUUUCUCCUUCCUGGAUAACAGAACAGAACUCUGAGCCAAGGCAGAAGGUGAUGUCCAGUCCCUCAGAAGCAGCAGGGAGACCUCUGCAUGCAUCAAGUCCUGUCACAGACAAAAAGCCUAAAUGGACACCACCAGCUCCAUCAGGAAGCAGUAAUGUGAAAUGUGUUCCUGUUAAGUCACCUACUCAGUGCCUUAGACUUGGCCUCUCCAGACUGGCAAGAGUCAAACCUCUCCAUCCCAGUGCUACCAGCACAAAUGGCCAGUGAAAAAGUGCCACACAGAGGAGAAGACUGUGGAAAGGGUUUGGCGAUAAACAGAGGGUGGGCAGCAUCCUGGAAUCAGCCAUUUUGGAGGAUGUGUUACGGAUGUGUCUGAUAUUAGGAUGAGUUUUUAUUCUGCAAAUUACUGGGUAUCUUUAAGUGCUACUCAAUAAUAACGUUAUUUAAUCAAAAUGGUUAAUCUGGGCCACCAGCUUUUUGAUGUAUUAUAUUCAGAUAUGUUGGUUUGUGAUAAUUUUAAUUCUUUAAUACCUAAACUCCUGGCAUUAGCAUAGUCUAGACAGCACUAUGGCAGCAUGAAUGAUAGGGAAAUGUUUUUUAGAAUUUUGUAUUUUUAAAAAAAAGUGUAAAAUAAAUUAC